UUUGUGUAAUGAAGGUUCCUUUAAAACGGAUUGUCUAGAGGAUCUGCAGAUAUCACAGUGGCUGGAAGGAGGGAAGGAGGGAAUCUAGCUGUCCUCAACACAAGGUCGUGGUCCCAGUGCAGACUGAAGCAGGGUGAAUGAUGUAUGGACUGCUGUGUGAGUCUCUGCAUGACUUCAUCAAGGAGUCGUAUGGAGAUGAUGUGUGGAAACUGGUCAGAGAGAGGGCCGAUGUCAGGCUACACUCCUUUGUCACCCACCAGGUGUACAGUGAAAGUGUCAUCCCGCGUAUUGCUAAGGCAGCCAGCGGAGUGACAGGAACCCCCUACAACGAGCUCAUGAACUCCUGGGGAGUCUAUUUCCUGGGCUUCGUAGGGAAGUACGGUUACGACAGGAUCCUCAAGGUGUUGGGUCGUCACGUGCGUGACUUUGUGAAUGGGCUGGAUAACCUCCAUGAGUACCUGCGCUUCAGCUACCCCAAGGUCCAGCCCCCUACCUUCUUCUGUCAGGAGGAAUCAGCUACCGGAGUCACCCUCCACUACAGGAGUAAGCGUAAGGGUUACCUCCACUACGCCAUGGGCCAGCUGAGACAGAUGGGGAAACAGUUCUAUGACACGGAUAUCCACGUGGAGGUGCUGUCGGAACAACUGGUGGGAGACUACUCACACGUCACCAUGAGGCUGAACUUUGACAACUCCGCCUACCGUUACAUCAUGAAGGAGGACGAGGAGGAGCAGGAGAUUCUGCCCAUCACCAGCGACUUCUUCUUCGAAGUCUUCCCCUUCAACAUCGUUUUCAGACAGGACAUGGUGGUGCACAACGUGGGCUCUGGCCUGGCCACAGUCUUCCCUGACCUGGAUGGGAAAAAGAUCAAUGAUGCCUUCCUGCUGGCGCGCCCCCUGGUGGAGUUUACCUGGAACAUGAUCAUCUCCCACCCCAACAACCUGUUUGAGAUAAUGUCCAAGGAGCCAGUGAAGAGAGAGAGGAACCUUCAUAACAGAGUCCAAAAUUCGGACUAUGAGAAUGCUAACCGUACAGCUGAUGUAGACGUGGAGCUCAUGGCCUUCCAGUCCAUCAUCGGCGAUGACUACAAAGGUCACGAUCCUUUAGAACGGUGUUUCUCAAUCCUGGUCCCAGGGAUCCAAAGGGAUGGCAACAGUGCUAAUGCUAUGGAGAGCUGGGGUGAUGGCAGUCGAUGUCUGAAACUGAAGGGACAGAUGAGAUACAUGCCUGAGUGGGAGUCCAUCAUCUUUCUGGGAACCCCUGUGAUGGAGAGUCUGAGUGCCAUGUUUAAAACCGGGCUCUAUAUCAACGACCUGAGUAUGCAUGACUCCAGUAGAGACCUGGUACUGGCAGGAACCCAGCAGUCAGAGGAACUCAAGAGAGCUCUCAUACAGGAACAGAAGAAGUCCAGUAAACUGGAGGAGAGUAUGAAGAUGCUAGACUAUGAGAUGAAGAAGACAGAUGAUCUGCUCUACAGGAUGAUCCCUAAACCCGUGGCCAAGAGACUACGCAAGGGAGAGCCUGCCGUCAACACCUGUGAGGUGUUUCCAGACGUGACCAUCCUGUUCAGUGAUGUGGUGGGCUUCACCCGUAUCUGCAGCCACAUCACGCCCAUGCAGGUGGUCUCCAUGCUCAACACCAUGUACACACUCUUCGACACACUCAGCGAGAAGCACCGUGUCUUCAAGGUUGAGACCAUAGGUGAUGCAUACAUGGUGGUGGCGGGGGCUCCAGAGAAGACUAAAUACCACGCCCACAACAUCUGCGACAUGGCCCUGGACAUGGUGCGCUCCAUAGACCACCUCAAAGACCCCUCCAAUGGCAACAACAUACAGAUCAGAGUGGGGAUCCACUCUGGCAUGGUGGUGGCCGGGGUGGUGGGCCAUAAGAUGCCACGCUACGGUCUUCAUGGCGACACAGUCCACACCGCAUCAGCCAUGGAGAGCAACGGCAAGGAGAUGCACAUCCAGCUCAGCAGCGCUACCUAUGAGCACCUGAAGGGAAGUCACUUCAUCUUCGAAAGGAGAGGCACUAUCACCAUCAAGGGUAAUGUAGAGAUAGAGACAUACUGGCUGAAGGGAAAGAGGGAUAAGGAUGGGAACGCCCAGGCUGCCUGUCCCCAGUUUGAGACCCAGACCAUCAGCAAGGCCAUCAGUAAGGCCACUAUCUCAGCCCCUGAAACCAGCGGAGACCAAGACAGACUGGUGUUCCCGUCGGUGGCAAGGGAGGAUGAGGAUGAUGUGAAGUCCAUACGCUCCCACCGUAUCAAGAUGGAUAUCUCGGGCCAUCACUCCCUGGUGGAGUCUCUGGAGGAAUGCCGUGCUGAGGAGAUGUCUGUCAGCAAGGUGAGAAGGUCUCACUAUAAGGAUGCCCUCCACCAUAACAACGGUCUACAGGACCGUCACAUUGAGCUAGACUCUCCAGAGUUUGACGUGCAUAAUUCCAUCAUGGCAUCUCCAGACGGCUCCAUUGACUCCCACUGCUCAGAGAAGAGCGCCAUGUGCUCCGUGUCGUGAACCCUUAGUCACCAUGGCGAUAUAGGCCACUUAGGGCGAAGGCUCAAGCUGUGGCUGUGUAUAAAUAAUGAUAGUUAUACUAUAACUUUCUUGAAAAAAAUGAUGCUUUUCUAUAGUUGUUUCAUUUGUUACAAAACGCUGAAGGCUCGGGUAACAUUUAAACAUGGACAUUGUUUUGUUGCAGGGCGCUGUUGUGUCUUAUUUGUCCAAUGUGUCCAUGUUAUGGCAAUCUACAGUAUGUGCGAUUAAAGUAGUCCAGGCUAAUUUGUGAUAACGCCAGAAAUGUUUUAUCUGUAUAAAGAUUAGUCACAUAUGUUUAAUAAUAUCCUGUUGACCUGACAUAAAAGAGAAUGUAUAUGAUUCCUACAUAUUGAAUAGAGCACAUGUGGUUACUUUGUAUCACAUACUAAAUGUAUUCUGGCUUUCACUGUUAGCUUCCGCUGCACUGCGUGAGUUCACUCCGCUGUGUUAGCCUUUCUCACGCAUAGCCUACUGCACAACAGCACGGAACAACAUGUCACCGCUGUGGAAAUAAAACAAGGUGACAACAUA